GUUUUCUGGGUGUACUUGCUUUAGUGCCUGACAGGUGGUGCUACACUUUUAUAAAUUCUACUGUCUGCAAUCCUUUAUAAAUUUCUUCUGUAAUUAAUGAGUGCCUAAACGAAAUACAAAGCAAAAUACAAUACACCCUAUAAUCCCCAACAACCACAAAAAUGGUAUAACAACACAAACUUAACCUCACAAUUUAAAUUUUAGGAUGUAUUUUUAAUGAUUAGAAGAAAAAAGCUAACUAUAUUUACAGACGCAAAGGAUACCACAACGGUUUUAGAAUUAAAGAAAAUGAUUGAAGGGAUUUUGAAAGUGGCACCUCAUAACCAGCAACUAUUCAACAAAGAAAAUGCUGUUAUGGAGGAUGUAAAGAUGCUGCAAGAUUACGGACUUUCUUCAACAACCGCCAAAGCUCAAAGUCCUGCAACUGUUGGUCUAGCUGUCAGAGAUGAGAACGGCGCAUUUGAGCCUUUAGAAUUAACUCCUUAUUCUUCACCACCUGAUCUACCUGAUGUUAUGAAAUCUCAAGAAAGCAACGGUCAAGAACAAUCUUCUUAAACUCCAUUGUACAUUAUUACUCAGAACUGAAUUUAUUCCUUACAUUCAGUACCAAAAUAGAUAAUUUUAUUUUAACCAUUAAUUUAACGAUUGUCAUAUUCAGUUUAUUAUUUAAAAAUGGCAACAUAAAAUCAGAUCAACAUUAUAGACUAAAGUCUAUGAUGCAUUCUAAAUCUUAGUAAGUCCUAGUUUACAAGCUUUAAUAAUAGUCUCUAUUGAGUACUUUCUCCAUAUGAAUGUAUUUAUUAUAUGUACAGUUUUUGCGAGUAUAUAGUAGUGGAAGAGCUGUAUUGCUUUAGCUCAUUUUUGUAAAACCAGUUACCAAUGCUAAAUCUGAAUAUUUGGAAUUUUUUAGGCUUUAUAAAUGCAAUUUGUUGAUGUUUACGAGAAGUUAUAACAAUUAUUGUGAAUCUUAACAAAUGUAAAUGGUUUUGGUAAGGAUAGAUUAAUAAAUUAAGGUUUGACAGUUGGA